AUGGAGUACAAAGAAAACGAGGAGAAAUGGGAAGCGAAGAGAGCAACUCUGGAAGAAGCACUGAACCAUAAGAACAAUUCUGUCCUUCUUCUUGAAAGGAAGUUACGAGAUGUUAAUGACGAACUUGUGAACCGCUCAAAGGCAUUGAAAAACGUUGAAAGUGAGUGCACGCGACUUCAACAAGAAGUGGAAGAACUCAGGAAAAGCAAUGAAUCACAAAGGGAAGAAUAUCAAGCUACCGUGGCAGACUGGAGGAGUCGUCUAGAGAAAACGGUCGAAAGGCUCCAGCGAUUAUUGGAGAACGAGAAAAAGCAAGUCCAAUCUGUGGUGGAGGAGUGGUCUCUGAAACUACAAGAGAAAUCUGUGUCUGUAACGAAUUUGGAAGCCGAAUUGGCUCGUCGCGAUGAACUUGAGAAGACGAGGAUUUUCGAGCAAUGUGAAAUUCUACGGAGAACCCAUCAGAUGGAGAAGGAAGAACAUGCUGCCAACUGGAAACGAAAUUAUCUGAACAAAAGGGACGAGUUAAUUUGUAAGGGAAGAGAAGAACUCAAAGGUCUACUAAUCGAAAAGGAGCGAAUUGGUAAUGAAAGAGAAGAGGUUGUAAAUGAACUGGAAAGAACGACGGAAAGUCUGAAAGAAGCCAGAUUCAUAAUGGACGGUUUCCGUGAAGAAAUAGCUACUAAGUUCGAACCCCGUAAACCGUUUUCAAAGCUGUUCGCUGCUAAUCAGAAGCUUGCUGUUUGCGAAAAAGAAAGGGCCGAGUGGAAAGACAUCAUAGAACGAAUGGAAGUUCGAGAAGAACAGGCAAAACAGAAGAAUUUGGAACUCACCGAUGAAGUGAACCGCUGGCGUCGUGAAUUGGAAGGACUGAAAGAGGAAAAGGUGAAAACGCAGAAAAUGGUCUCCGAUUAUCGUGCAGAACUUGGAUCAAAGUCCAUGGAACUCGAAAAGAUCUCCAAAUCUCUGGAAGACUCGCAAAAGAACAACAUGCUCAACCUGCAGUUGGUCCAAACCCUGAAAGAAGAAUAUGAUCACAAAACGAACAUGUUGAAGCAUCAAGAGAAACGCCAUGUGGAAGAAAAUGAAGAACUGCGUUCUUUAUGCAUACAGAAAGAAGAGCAGAUGCAGAAGGCACUGAAACCGUAUCAGAAGGAAAAUAUCAAGCUUCGAUCGGAGGUUGAUUCCUUGAGAAAAGAGAACGACAAUUACAAAGUCGCCCUCGAGCAAGUGAAACCUGUUAGAGGUGGAGAGAAUAUUCCCGAAUCGUCAAAAAUGUCUCCUGAAGAAAAGAGUCCCAACCCCUGCUUGAACAUCCUCGUGAACGCGAUAAAAGGAGAGAUCAUGUUCAACAUGGAAGCCAUGACCUAA